AUGCCUUCCACACAAAGCAGGAGCGGCGCCAACAGGCCCGGGCUCCUGAGCAGAGGCCUGAAGAUGCUCGAAAUCCCCGUCAAGGACCGGCAGACUCUGACGGUGCUGCGAAACCCAGACAUCCUGCCCAUCCCCGCCGAGGACUGCACGUGGUCGUUCUUCUCGUACUUGGCGUACUGGGGUGUGAUCUCGUUCUCCGUGGGCACGUGGGUCAGCGCCAACGCCGCGCUGGACGUUGGGCUGUCGUACGCGGAGACCAUCGGGACGUUCAUCGUCGGCGACGCGGUGACAAUCGUGUUCACGCUGGCCAACUCGUACCACGGGCUGGACUGGCGCGUCGGGUACACGCUGUCGCAGCGGUUCGUGUUCGGGAUCUACGGGUCCGGGCUUGGAAUCCUGGUGCGUAUCCUGAUGAGUAUCGUGAACUACGGGUCCAACGCGUGGCUGGGCGGGCUGUGCGUCAACAUGAUCCUGGACUCGUUCUCGCACCACUACGUGCACCUGCCCAACACGCUGACGCACAAGGUGGCGAUGUCGACCAAGGAGCUGAUCGGGUUCGUGCUGUUCCACGUGAUCACGGCGUUCUUCUACCUGAUGAAGCCCAAGAGCAUGAACUACUUUCUGAUCUGGUCGUGCGUGGCGACGUGCUUCGGGAUGAUGGGCAUGGUCAUCUACCUGACCAAGAUCAACGGCGGCGUGGGCAGCGCGUUCCGCGAGUCCGAGACCACGAUCCACGGCUCGGACCGCGCGUGGAUGUGGGUGUACAUGGUGUCGUACUGGUUCGGGUCCGUGUCGCCCGGGUCCACGAACCAGAGCGACUACUCGCGGUUCGCGUCCAACAAGACCGGGCUGUACCUGGGUGUGAUCGUGGCGCUGCUGGUGCCAACCACGGUGGUGCCGGUGUUCGGCGUGAUCGGCGCGUCCACGACCUCGCAGCUGUACGGCGACGCGAUCUGGACGCCCAUGGACAUCUUCAACUACUGGCUCAAGGAAAACUACUCUGCGGGCGCGCGCGCCGCGUCCUUCUUCUGCGGCGUGGCCUUCACCGCGUCCCAGAUAUCCUACACCAUCUCCAACUGCGGCUUCGCCUCGGGCAUGGACCUGAGCGGUGUGCUGCCCCAGUAUAUCAACAUCUUCCGCGGCGCCAUCUUCACGGCCCUCGUGUCCGUCGCCGUGCAGCCCUGGAACUUCUACAACAAGGACUCCAACACCUUCCUGUCCGUGAUGAGCUCUUUCGGCGUCGUCAUGACGCCUAUCAUCUCCGUCAUGAUCGCCGACAACUUCCUGGUGCGCAAGCGCAAGUACUCCGUGUCCCAGGCCUUCGUGCUGAAGGGCGAGUACUACUACACGCUGGGCACCAACUGGCGCGCCAUGGCCGCCUUCGUGUGCGGCAUGGCCCCCGGCCUGCCCGGUAUCGCUGCGGAGGCCAACGCCAACAUCAUGGCCAAAAUGGACAGGGGCAUCGUCAACUUCUUCUACGCGGACUCCUUCACCUCCUUCGCCAUCUCCUUUUUCAUGUACUGGAUCCUGUGCCUGAUCUUCCCCGUCAAGAUUGGCAUCGAGCAGGACGACAAGGACUACUUCGGCGCGUUCACGGACGAGGAGGCCAGAGAGAGAGGCGUGGUUCCUUUCAGCGAACUGACGCCUGAGGAAAUCGAGGAGCACAACUUCAGCCUCGGCGCCCUUGACACACCACACAGCAGUUCCGCUUCCAGCACGGGAGUGGACGCCCACUAUGAGGGGGGCGAGAAAACCAAAUGA